GAACAUAACAAUAUUUGAUAUCAAGAUUUCGUAUCAUAUAAAAUAUCGUUUCAAUGAAGAUUUAGAUGACUUCUCAUUUGAAAAUAAUACGCUUCUAUUGAUUAAAUCAUUGUGAAUUUUUACUUAUUCAGUGUCUAAUAAGCUUGAAAUUAUGGCAAAGGCUGUGAUUUUUGUUUUAUUUGCUUUUUGUUCAACUAUACUUGCUAACCCACUUUGGCCUUUCUAUUAUGAACAUGAUGGUAUUGAACACAAUUAUUCAAUUGGCCUUGAAAUCGGAGAAAUGAAUUCCCAAGUUGGUCCAUUCCGCUUGUCCGUUUGGUUACUUAAAGAUAUUUCAAUUGGAGCGGUUUCUGAUGCGAAACAUCAAUUGAGCGAAGCUACAAUCUUUGCAGGCCCUGCAUCGCACAAUUUUACGAUAAAAUCAGAUAUGCCAUUCAGUCAAGUCACUCAGAUGUCUUUUCAAUGGGAAAGCAUGGAUUCUUCGUAUGCUGACGAUGUUAACUUUCAGACUGCUUAUUUGACUGAAACUACACCAAACCAAACUCAUAUUACCAAGAAAUAUUGUAACAUUGAGAAUGAGUAUCCACGAAAUUGGGGUAGUAGUGAUGCCAGGCAAUGGCUAUACCUGUGCUAAUUGUUUGAAUCAAUCUAGUUUGUUUGCAGCUAUUGAGACCUGUAAAACUACAAGAGUUAAUAAAUAAAAGUUGUUACUAAUCAGCUGUA